CGACCACAUGGGCAGCUAGGGAAGUGUAGCGUCUGCAGAGUACACGGAGAAGCAACUUCGGUGCAAGCAAGAAAAGGAGCAGGCAAAAACUGAUCUAGACAACGACAAGAUAUGAGACCAGGGUUCAGUCCGCGGGGUGACCGUGGCGGUCGAGGCGGCUUUAGGGGUAGAGGAGGGUUCGGUGACCGUGGAGGCAGCCGUGGCGGAUUCGGAGACCGUGGCGGAUUCGGAGACCGGGGUGGAAGAGGCGGAUUCCGUGGCAGAGGUGGUGGUGGUGGCUUUAGGUCGCCCGAGGGUGGCUUCAGAGGCCGUGGAGGAGGCAGAGGUGCACCAAGAGGAAGAGGGGGUCGGGGUGGUUUCAGAGGGGGUGCCAAAGUCACAGUUGAGCCUCACAGACACGAAGGUGUGUUUAUCUGCCGUGGUAAGGAGGAUGCUCUGGUGACCAGGAAUAUGGUGAUUGGAGACUCGGUUUAUGGAGAGAAGAGGAUCAAUGUUGAGGAAGGAGAGACGAAGAUUGAGUACAGAGCAUGGAACCCUUUCCGGUCUAAGCUAGCAGCUGCUAUAUUGGGGGGGGUGGACCAGAUCCACAUCAAGCCUGGGGCUAAGGUCAUGUACCUUGGAGCUGCCUCAGGAACUACAGUGUCCCAUGUGUCAGAUAUCGUUGGACCUGAAGGACUGGUGUAUGCAGUGGAGUUUUCCCACCGGUCGGGUCGUGACCUGCUCAAUGUUGCCAAGAAAAGAACCAACAUUAUUCCUAUAAUUGAAGACGCCCGUCACCCACACAAAUACCGCAUGCUUGUUGGCAUGGUGGAUGUCAUCUUUGCCGAUGUUGCCCAGCCUGAUCAGACCAGAAUAGUCGCCCUCAAUGCUCACAACUUCCUGAAGAACGGUGGCCAUUUUGUCAUCUCCAUCAAGGCCAACUGUAUUGACUCAACUGCCGCCCCAGAAGCCGUGUUUGCUGCUGAGGUGAAGAAAAUGAGCUCAGAAAACAUGAAGCCCCAAGAGCAGCUCACUUUGGAACCAUACGAGAGAGAUCAUGCCGUUGUUGUGGGCAUCUACAGACCACCCCCCAAGCAGAAGAAAUAAAUGAGCCAUCCCUUGACAUCUGUGGCACAGUGACUAAAAAGCCAUGUCACCCCUUCGUCACUGGAGGGCGCCAGCUCACAGCUCACAGACUCUGGAAUUCCUCUUGCUUGCUACUUAGUAGGAACAUGUACCUGUUUCCAGGCUUAGGGGCUUUCAGGUGAAGUAUGGACACCCACCUGGGAGAAGAGCACAUUUAAGAUGGGGACUUUCCAGGGGAUUCUGUAACUGUGUACUGAAUAACUGUACAGAGCUUGAUAUAGUGAUUUAUCUUUGUGACAUUUUAUUUUUGUUUUUAUUUUUUCAUGCAACUUGUCCACUUAUACAGGUUUGCAGUUUCAAUUUAUCAAUGAUUUAUAAAAAAAAAAACUCAAUACAAUAUUUCUUUGUUGGUUGAUGUCAAAACAAAAUUAACCUUUUCUGACUGUAAUAUUGAACCCUGUUUUUUUUAAUAAAACAUGUAUUGACGUGUAUUCCAGUCUAUCCGAA